CCCCACUUUUCUCUCCCCAGUCUACCAAUCGGUCAUUUCACUCCCAACUUCGCCCUUCGGCACCUUCCGCUACAUCAACUACAAGGCUUCCGUCUGCCUUUCUACCCUACCUCUCUGUUCUUCUCAAAACAAUACCAAGAUGGCAACUCAAACCCCAGCCCAGGAUGCCCCGGAAGCAUCCGCUCAACCAAUAGACAAGCUACUCCAAGUUCGGACUGGCAAGCUUCGACCUGUCUUCGGCCUCAAAACUCCAUCAGGGAUCUUCAAAACAGUACACCAAAACCCUGUCAAAGUGGAAUUCCUGGGCUGCGAAGGCGAUGAGCAUGGCUAUAUCGGCCAUGGAGGGGUAGAUAAAGCGCUGAUGUGGUAUCCUUCCCAGCACUACGCUUUCUGGAAAACGGAGCUCCCCCAGAAUGCCCAUCUUUUCGGUGUUGGGGGAUUUGGUGAGAAUAUCGUUACCUCAAAUGAGAAGUUGAGCGAGAAGGAAGUUUGUGUUGGGGAUAUGUUCAGAUUUGGCCGAGAGGAAGCAGGAGUGGUGAUCCAAAUCAGUGAACCGCGGCAGCCGUGCUUUAUGCUCAAUCAUCGACUUGAGGUUAAGGAUAUGAGUAUCCGAUCUCAGAACGCAAAUCGAACGGGGUGGUACUGUCGCGUUUUGAAGGAAGGGCAUAUCCAGUCCGGUGAUCCCAUAACCUUGGUCGAGAGAAAGUAUCCGAAAUGGACAGUCAAGGCGGUGCAGACGAUUUUGUAUGUGGAGAGGAAGAAUUGGGAGGCGAUCAGGGAGCUGAGUGAGUUAUCUGAGCUUGGUGAGGAGAUAAGAAUGAUCUUCUUAAAUCGGCUGAAGAAGGGGAUUUUCUUAGACGAGUCUGAUAGGCUGGGUGGCGGUGAAGACAAGGCGUGGAAUGAAUAUCGGCUUGUGGGCAAGAAGGUAGAAACUCCAAGGAUAUGUUCGUUUGAGUUCGAGACUAUCAAUACCAUCGAGAACUCAGCGCCUGCGACCCCUGGAUCCCAUAUCCGUGUCAAAUUCGGGGGAAAUAGCCAGGUUGUGAGAGCAUAUUCCAUAGUUGGUGGAGACAGCGACCGCUUCACGCUCGGCAUCGCCUUGGACCGGGACUCUCGAGGCGGUUCAAGAUACCUGCACGAGGAGCUGAAAAUUGGCGAUACCCUUUCAUUCAGUCAAAUGAAAUCAGACUUCUCUCCAGCUGUAGACGCAGAUCACCAUAUCUUGAUCGCCGGAGGUGUCGGCAUCACCGCCUUCCUCAUCACCGCACGGCAACUGAGGCAACAGGGACAGAAUUUCCAUCUAUACUACGCUAUUCGUUCCGCUCAUGAUGUUGCCUUCAAACAUCUGGUUCAAGAACUCGGCAACGACGUUACGGUUCUGGAUGGGAGUAAAGGGCAAAGGCUCGAGAUCUCAAAGAUUAUCGCAAAGUCGAACAGCAGGACGCACAUCUACUGCUGCGGCCCCCAGCGUCUCAUGGAUGGCGUAACGCUCGCUGCUCGUACCCUGAGUUUCCCAAGUUCCAAUCUCCAUUUCGAAGCUUUCACGGCCCUGGCAUCGGGUGACCCAUUUACAGUUGAAUUAGCGGAAUCAAAGAAAACACUUGACAUUAAGGCAGAGCAGACAUUGUUGGAUGUCCUCAGGGAUUCUGGAUUUGAUAUCCCGAGCAGCUGCGAGGUUGGCAAUUGCGGGACUUGUAGGGUUGGUGUGAGGGGUGGAAAAGUUGAGCAUAGAGGGACAGGGUUAUUAGAGGGGGAGAAGAAGGGCGCGAUGUUGAGUUGCGUGUCGAGAGGGAUUGGCAGGGUUGUGUUGGAUUUGUGACUAAAGUGCAACCACUUGGGCUGAAGCUGAGGUUAUUGGACCUGAAAAGAGCUUGGCUUCUCGAGCUGUUCUUGGUGCUUGGCGUUAUCGUACUAGGUUUGUGAUCAUAUUGUUGAAAUUGGUACGCUACCAUAGCUAGCUUCCCAGUCCUUCCAGCACCAGGUUCAACCACUAAUUUAGGGUUCUCCACUCUCAUUUGUCAUGCGUCACUCGCCGAGCUUACCAAGCUUACUAGUAUAUCGUCAUUUUAAUUACCUUUGAUUUAUUAGCUGAUUGAUAAUGUAUCGGAGAAAGCGGGCUCGGCAUCACCGGUAUCGCCGAAGGGUAA